AUGACGAUACGUGGUGAUCAGACGAAGCAAGACUGUAGUCGGGCGCUGGCCGGCGAUGUCUUUCGAAUCAAAACAGCCCUGGCUGCCUUUCAACGCCUCGUUUACAACCUUGGAACUCCUAAGGACACCCCUCACCUCCGCCACAAACUGCAUACAUCAGUGCUACAAAUUGGGCAAUUGCUCGAGGAUGCUUCAGCCAAGCUUAAGCAAUCUACCCAAACUCACCCUCAUGCUCCAGACGCUGCCAGCAAGAAGAUUUUUGAUGAGAAGCUUGCGAAAGAGAUUGCAUACAUUCAUAGAGAGUUUCAAAAAGCCCAAAGGCUUGCAGCAGAGAGGGAAUCAGCUUAUGCUCCUUUGACUCCCCACCAAAUUGUGUCAUACAGUGAUAGCCCCAGUGAACCGGAUAUGAAGUCGAUGAGGAGUAAAGAGCAUGCGUCUCUUAUGAUCGAUGCAAGAAGUCAGGACGUGAUUAAUAUGGAAAGCGAAAUAGUACUGAAUGAAGCCAUAAUAGAAGAAAGGGACCAAGGCAUCAAAGAAAUCCAGCAGCAGAUUGGUGAGGUGAAUGAGAUAUUCAGGGAUUUAGCUGUUCUCGUACGUGAACAAGGAGCUAUGAUUGAUGAUAUCGAUACAAAUAUUGAAGGCUGCCGAGAUGCUAUUGAUCAAGGCACUUCAGAACUCACAAAAGCAUCAUCCAAGAUCCAACGAUCUAAUUCCUCUACGGUGAGUGCCUCCUCCUCCUCGCUUUUGUUGUUUGUAACUUUGUAG